GUGGGGGUGGGGAAGCUCCAAGGACCCACUGGAGAGGGGAUGGCAGCUGCUGAAGGGGGAUUCGCGCACCCCGCUUGGGGCGCGGGGAGGCAGCAGCAGCUGCGGGCUCCUGGUGCCCCUUGUCUGGGGGGGAAGUGCUUGAGAAAACACUCAUCAGCCCGGGGAAGCUACUGAGGGAAAAGCCCGGCAUCUAGCCCGAGGCCCGGGGCGUAAAUCGACCUGCAUGUGACCGGUGCGCCUCCAGUCCUGCCCCGCAAGGGGCGUGGCAAACGGAUGGGGGCGGAGCCUGGCGUCCCAUGGGGCGGAGUCUGGAGUCCUCGCUCGAUGCUGGGGAAGCAGCUGGGCGAAGCGUUGGGUUUCUCCUUGCGCCCUGGCCCUGCCGUGACGUCAUCCGUCAGCGCCAGUCUCGCGGUGUCACGUGGCCCGUGUGUCUGUGUGGUAGUGUCGGGGCGACAACCCCCCCCCGCCAGCGCAUCGGUGUCUCUUCGUUGGUCCCGUGCGUGUUUGCUGCGGCCGGGGCCGGAAACCCCGGCAGGAGCCAACAAUGCCGAGAAAAAGAUGCGCAAGACCAACAAAAUUACCGUCUUCAGAAAAGAAAACCAGGAGAGAAAUUAUUGAUAAAAGGGUGGCGUACACAAGGAUAUACUUGGGGAAUCAAAUUGGCCGAUGGCUGACCUUAAGGGAAAAACUGGAUUUCAAAAGUGACACAGACCUUGCAGGAUUUUUGCUGGAUCUCUAUGACAAUGAUGAUCAAUUACCUAAAGAAGCAGUAAUCUUCUUACCUGAAGAUAUGAGAAUUGUAACUGCAAAAGAAGAAAGAGAUUUACAUGAUGACUCCUCUUCAGCAGAGAUUGUUGGAAUAUGUGACAGUGAGGACCAACUGACUGCAGAAUCAGCCUGUUCUGUACCACAAAGUAGGGGAAUCAGAACUGUGAAAGAAGAGAGGCAAUUGCAGGAUGACUCCUCUUCAGUACAGAGUGAUGAAAAAUAAGUCAGCAUUCAUACAAUGAGGUUUCCUGGUAUUCAGGUGAAGAUUCUACUAUUGGCUCUGAAUCUGACCUUUCAGAAAGCGCUUCUCCGCGAUGAGCCGCCUCCACGUCCUGCCGGCGGGCUGCCCGGGGUCCGCGCGGCCCGCAGGGAUCCUUGGUCAGCGGCUGCGGCUCGCCUGAAAUGCGAGACGCUUACAAUGUCGUUACCAGCAAAGAGGUGUGGUAGACCUCCUGUACUGUCCUGCUUGGAAAAGAAAAAGAGGAAGCAAAGUCUCGAUAGAAGAAGAGGAAAAACAAGAAUCUAUGUGGGAAACCAUAUUGAUAGAUGGUUGACACUUAAGGAAAAACUGGAUUUCAGAAAUGAUGCAGAAGUUGCAGGAUUUUUACUAGAUUUAUAUGACAACUGUGACCCAUUGUCAAAAGCAUCAAUCUGUUCCCUGCCUGAAGAUGUGAGAAGAAUUACAGUGAAAGGGGAAAGAGAGUUACCAGAUGACACUUCUUUAAUAGCAGCGGAUGGAACGUAUGACAAUGAUGACCAGUUGUCUAAAGAAUCUACUUGUUCUGGACCCGAAGAUGUGAGAAUCAUAACUGUGAAAGAAGAGCGGGAUUUGCCUGAUGACUGUUCAACAGAGACCGAUGACACUGGUGUUCGGUGGUGAAAAAGAACAUCCUGUUUGUGAAAGCAUCCAUGGAAGAGGGAACAGGGCCUCAAAACCUGUUGAAAGAUGCUAUUUCUUUUGGACUGGUUGCUCUUUUGUACUAAAAGACUGGUGAUGCCUGCUUAAUGAUGGUGUAGCCCUAGUCAGUUGCCCAGGGUGGUGUGGGACUAUACAACUCCUCCUCCUCCUCUCCCCCCUCCACCCCCCCGCAUCAGACUGGAGCUCAACCCAGGAUGGUGGCUGGGAGAAAUACAUCAUCCCUUUGGAAGCAUGGCCGGUGACAGCAGUCCCCUUUUAAGGGACAGGCUAGCGUGUCCCUAUGCCUCAUGGGCAUCGAGUGUGAGUUGUCACUGCGGGGCUGAAGCAGUUGUCCCGUUGCCUUAAGGAGAAAGGUUUGAGGGUAGGAGGCCAGCGGGCACAGUGCCCUUUCCCUGCGGGGGAGAUGGGGGCUGUGCGCUGGACUGUCUCGCCCCGCCUCUGGGCGGCUCGGGACUGGCCUACUUGUGCCUCCCUUGCCCCUGCUGCAGCCUCGGCUAAGGCUGGCCCUUGUCUUCCCUAGCGAGCGCUUCGCCGUUGCUUUCAGUGUGGCUGGAGCUGGCAGUGCAGGCGCCUCGCGGAGCCGCUCCCGCUCCUUCCACGCGCUGCGCUCCGCUCCGCAUUUUCCUGACGUCCGGGUGUGUGCCUUAUUCUUGGGGCUACCACACUAACUUGUUGAGCUGCGCUGGCCCUAGCGCCUCUUGCCAUUGGCCGGUGCGGCAUAGCC